CGUCCUUGUUCUCACAGCUUCUUUAACAAGAGCUCAGAAUGAAACUCAAGCCACCACAGAUCCCUCUGAAGUGAGAGCCUUGAAUUCAAUAUUUGACCAAUGGAACAUAAAGGCUGACACUCAACAAUGGAAUACAACUGGGGAUCCGUGCAGUGGAGCCGCCAUAGACACCGCCAUCGGCUUUGAUACAUACAAUCCCUUUAUCAAAUGCGAUUGUUCUUCCAACAAUAAUUCUCUUUGCCACAUCACCCAAUUGAAAGUAUAUUCAAUGGAUGUUGCUGGGCCAAUCCCAGAAGAGCUAUGGAAUCUGACCUUCCUCUUCAAUCUCAAUUUGGGCCAAAAUUACUUGACAGGUUCUGUUUCUCCAUCCAUUGGCAAUCUCACCAGCAUGCAAUACUUGAGUCUUGGAAUAAAUGCCUUAUCAGGGGAGGUACCAAAGGAACUAGGACAACUUACUGAUCUAAUAUCUUUGUCUUUUAGUGCAAACAACUUCUCUGGUUCUCUUCCAUCUGAGCUGGGGAGCUUGUCAAAACUACAACAACUUUACAUUGAUAGCUCUGGAGUUAGUGGAGAGAUUCCUUCAACAUUUGCAAAUCUUCAAAGCCUCCAGACACUAUGGGCAUCAGACAUUGCACUUACAGGCAUAAUACCUGACUUCAUAGGAAACUGGUCAAAUCUUAAUACCUUGAGGUUUCAAGGAAACUCUUUUGAAGGGCCCAUUCCAUCAACAUUUGCAAAUCUAACUUCUCUAUCAGACUUGCGAUUGAGCGAAGUGUCGAAUGUGAAUUCUUCUCUCGCAUUUAUCAAGGACUUAAAGUCUCUAAACAUCUUGGUGCUAAGGAAUAACAACUUCACCGGUUCGAUUCCGUCAGAUAUCGGGGAGUAUCAAAAGUUGUCACAGCUGGACUUGAGCUUCAACAAAUUAAACGGACGGAUUCCGGACUCUCUUUUCAACUUGAGUUCACUCUCUGUUCUGUUUCUAGGAAACAAUAGUUUGAAUGGUUCACUGCCCCAAGAAAAAAGCAAAUCUCUUCUCACUAUAGAUGUUUCAUACAAUAAUCUUGUGGGCAGCAUUCCUUCGUGGGUCAAUGGAACAAACUUAAAGAUUAACCUGGUUGGCAACAACUUUACAAUACAAAGUUCAGAGAACAGAGAUCUUCUUUCAGGAUUGAACUGCCUCCAAAAGAAUUUCCCCUGCAAGAAAGGCAAUCCCAUAUAUUACAACUUUGGAGUUAACUCUGGUGGUCCUCAAAUCACAUCAUCUGAUGGUAGCAUUGUGUAUGAAAGGGAUAGUGAGACUCUUGGUCCAGCUAACCACUUUGUGACCAGCACCAAUAGAUGGGCAGUUAGCAAUGUCGGACUUUUCGCGCAAAACAGCAAUGUUAGUUACACAAGGUCUUCUUUGUCUCAAUUCACAAAUACUUUGAACUCAGAACUUUUCCAGACAUUAAGGCUUUCUGCCUCGUCGUUGAGGUACUAUGGCCUGGGACUCGAGAACGGUAACUACACCGUGCAACUGGAGUUCACAGAAAUAGAUAUUGAGAACACGCGGAGUUGGAAGAGUGUCGGAAGGCGUGUAUUUGAUAUCUACAUCCAGGGGAAUCGUGUUUUGAAAGAUUUUGAUAUCCGAAAGGAGGCCGGCGAGAUAUCCUUCCGGGCUGUCCAGAAGGAGUAUAAGGCUCUAGUGUCAAAUAACUACCUUGAAGUGCAUCUCUUUUGGGCCGGGAAAGGAACUUGUUGCAUACCUGCACAAGGUAUCUAUGGACCUUCCAUUGCAGCCAUCAGUGCUACCCCAGAUUUCACACCAACUGUGAGUAACAAGCCUCCAAGCAAUGAGGAGAAUAGGACAGGGCUGAUUGUGGGAAUUGUUGUUGGUGCUGGGGUUUUAGUCCUUCUGUCUGUUUUUGUGAUCUUUAUUAUCCAUAGAAGAAGAAAAGCUAAAAUGUGUAAUGAUGAAGAGCUCUUGAAUAUGGAUGUGAGACCAUUCACCUUCAGUUACGCCGAACUAAGGUCGGCGACAAAUGAUUUUGAUCCGACUAAUAAGUUGGGAGAAGGAGGAUUUGGACCUGUCUACAAGGGAACACUUGCAGAUGGAAGAGUUAUUGCUGUGAAGCAGCUGUCUUUGACUUCCCACCAAGGGAAAACCCAAUUUGUGACUGAAAUCGCCACAAUAUCCGCUGUUCAACAUCGCAACCUGGUGAAACUCCAUGGAUGUUGCAUUGAAGGAGACAAACGACUUCUUGUUUAUGAGUACUUGGAAAACAAGAGUCUAGAUCAAGCACUAUUUGUUGCAAAGCAUAGGUUGAACCUGAAUUGGUCAACUCGGUUCGACAUUUGCUUGGGUGUAGCAAGAGGUCUUGCUUAUCUUCAUGAGGAGUCAAGGCUUAGAAUCGUACACAGAGAUGUAAAGUCUAGCAAUAUUCUGCUUGAUUCUAAUCUUGUCCCCAAAAUAUCGGAUUUCGGUAUGGCCAAACUUUAUGAUGACAAAAAGACACACAUUAGUACUCGCGUUGCCGGGACAAUUGGGUAUCUUGCGCCAGAAUACGCCAUGCGUGGGCACCUAACGGAGAAAACUGAUGUCUUUGCCUUUGGCGUUGUGGCUUUAGAAAUUAUCAGUGGCAGGUCAAAUUCUGACACUAGCUUAGAAGAAGAAAAGGUCUAUCUGCUUGAAUUGGCUUGGAAUCUUCAAGAACAAGAACGCGAAAUUGACUUGGUGGAUUCAGAACUAUCGGAAUUCGACGAGGAAGAAGUGAGAAGGGUCAUAAGCAUCGCCCUUUUAUGCACGCAAACAUCGCCAACAAUCAGGCCAUCCAUGUCAAGAGUGGUGGCAAUGCUUUCAGGAGACAUUGAAGUGAGCACCGAAAUUUCGAGGCCUGGUUACUUGGCAGACUGGAAAUUUGACGACGUGAGCAGCCUAAUGAGUGGCAUUGCAACUAAAGGAACUGAUUCGAGCUUUUACGACUCAUCCGCGAGCACAAGCAUGGUGACAGAUGCAGUGACUGCGACACCACCUAAAAAUGGUGCAUCUCGACCUAUGCUUCACAGCUCCAUUGGUGAGGGAAGAUGAAAAUUGAUAAUUUGAGUUUGGAUUUGUAUAUAUUUUUGGUGAUUGCAAUUGUGAAAGUCUUGUAAAUUUCACACACUAGUCCUUUGUUCCUGAUGAGUACUAUACGUAAUUGACACUAGAGAAAAUACAUCCGUGGCUUUGCAU